AUGGCCUUUAUGAAUGCUGAAAUAUCUCGUUGGCUGUGCACAUGCGCAAUAGUCAUCACCAUGUUCAUGGCUUUGGGACAGUGCGAAGCAGGUAUUCUCGGCAAAUCAGACGAGUCAGAAAUCAAAUUUCGAUCUACAGACAUUGAAAACAGAGAGGGUGGAUUUAUGCAGGAAUCAGAUUUCAAACGAGGAUUUUGGGACAAACGUGGGUAUGGAGACAAAAGAGGAUAUGGUGACAAGCGUGAAAGUGAUGCACCGGAAGCUGGAUUCACCGGACUUGUUUCCUAUUUUAGAAGAAUACUUCCGCUUGUAUUGGACACUUACGCAGAAAAUGUUGCAAUGACAAAAGGCAAUAAAGUGCAACAACUUGAAUAUAAGCGAGGCUUCUGGGAUAAGCGGGGGUAUGGCGACAAACGAUCUUGGCCUUUCAAUCCCCGUUUCCAUGACAGAUUCGGAAAACAUUAG